AUGAGCUCGUUACCUUCCAACGGAGCUCCUGCAGAAGGAGAUGAAAAAAAACUUUCAGCAAAUGAAAGGAGGCGUCUCCGGAAGGCGCAACAGAUCGAGGAAAAGAAACAGCAAAAAGGAGCUACGGAAGCAGGAGAAGGCGGUGCGGAGACAAAGGCGCAUGAGGAACUCGACCCACGUGUCUUCUACGAAAACCGCUGCAAAUUUGUCGAGUCUCUCCGUAAAGAAAAUGCGGCCUAUCCGCAUAAAUUCAAUGUCACCAUGACACUAGGAGAGUUUCAAGAGAAGUACGGUGGCUUGGCUGAUGGAGCUCAUCUGCCGGAGGAGGAGGUUUGCGUCGCAGGCCGGUUGACUCGAGUGGCGGCGAGUGGACAGAAGUUGCGCUUUUACGACAUACGGGGGGACGGCCACAAGGUGCAAGUAAUGGCGAACAUUGCUGAUCAUGACCCGUCCACGGGGGACUUUGUGGAGAUACAUAAUGCCUUUCGGAGAGGAGACAUCGUUGGCAUUCGUGGGUACCCGGGAAAAUCCAGACGUGGCGAGCUGUCAAUUUUCCCUCAUGAAAUGAAGCUGCUUACGCCAUGUUUGCACAUGCUGCCUGAGCGAAACAGCUUGAAAGACUUGGACACGCGCUACCGGCAUCGAUUCGUAGAUCUGAUCGUGAACGACGAGCCUCACCGCAUCUUUGUGAUCCGAUCUAAGAUAACACGCUUUAUUCGCGACUUCUUGGAACGCCGUGGCUUCAUUGAAGUCGAAACUCCCAUGAUGCAUCCCGUCUUCGGUGGCGCAAACGCGAAGCCAUUUGUGACGCACCACAACGAUCUGAACACGGACCUUUACAUGCGCGUUGCCCCUGAGCUCUACCUGAAGAUGCUUACUGUAGGAGGGAUGGACAAAGUGUUUGAAAUUGGAAAAAAUUUUCGAAACGAAGGCAUCGAUAUGACGCACAAUCCGGAGUUCACAGCGUGCGAAUUCUACUGGGCGUAUGCGGACUACAAUGACACGAUGAAGCUCACUGAGGACAUGCUUUCAGAGAUGGUAAUGUCUAUACAUGGCAGCUACAAGAUUCCAUUUCAUCCGGAGGGUCCAAACGGCCCCGUUGUGGAGCUGGAUUUCACGCCGCCGUACCGUCGCCUUUCGCUUGUUGAAGAGAUAGAGAAGCAGGCCAAGGUCACUUUGCCAAGGCCACUGGAUGGGCCUGAAUGCCUAGCGUGUCUAAAGGAUUUGAUGGAAAAGCACAAUAUUCAGCCACCGAACCCGGUGACCCCGGCGAAGGCUUUGGAUGCAGUGUGCUCGCAUUUUGUUGAGAGCCAGUGCACUUUCAGGCCCACCUUCAUCGUCGACCAUCCACAGGUUAUGUCGCCGUUGGCGAAGUGGCACCGAUCAAAGCCUGAGCUGACAGAGAGGUUUGAACUUUUCCUAAUGGGGAAGGAGCUGUGCAAUGCGUACACAGAGCUGAAUGACCCGAAGAAGCAACGUGAAUGCUUCAUGGAGCAAGUCAAGGCGAAGGAGGCGGGAGACGACGAAGCGUGUCCCAUCGAUGAAAACUUCCUGAUGGCUUUGGAGUACGGCUUGCCACCAACAUCUGGCUGGGGUGUGGGCAUUGACAGACUCACUAUGUUCCUCUCUGACCAAAUAACAAUAAAAGAGGUCAUUCUCUUCCCAUCGAUGCGGCCCAAAACAAAGGAGGAGGUGAAGGAAGAAAAAAGAGCUGCGUAA